GUUUUGAAAUCUCGUCGCUGCUGUAUCUGAGCGUUUUUCCGGAGCCGGAGCUUUCUUCCCUAAUCUUUAUAUAAAUCAAUCACUUUUUUACUUGGUAUACCACUCCCGCUUAGUCCUCCGUUAGGCGACAAGCGGUGUCGGAGUCAAACUACGCUCUCCAUCAUGGCCUCGGCUCGCAGUCCACGAUGGCAGCAGAUCCAAGACCUGAUCAUGAUAGCAGGCACAUCUGCUACCGCAUACUUCCUGGUCCGUCAUCUCCUCUCUCGCCUCGAUUUCGACCCAGAUAGACAGAAAAAGGAGGAACAACAACGUAAAUCAGCGGCAAUAUUACGGAAACUAGAUGGAAAUUUGGAUGAGAACUCAUCAGGAGAAUCCGGAGGGAAGACGCGGAAAGGUGACCUUGUCCUCAACCAGUACGAACAAGCGAUUGCGAUGGAUGUGGUGGCCCCGGAGGACAUACCCGUAUCCUUCAAGGAUAUAGGCGGGCUUGAAGAUAUCAUUGAAGAGCUAAAGGAGUCUGUAAUAUAUCCCCUGACGAUGCCUCACCUUUUCUCGUCGACAUCUUCACUUCUCACAGCGCCUUCGGGUGUUCUCUUAUACGGCCCUCCCGGUUGUGGAAAAACCAUGCUUGCGAAAGCGCUUGCCCACGAAAGUGGCGCAUCCUUUAUCAACCUCCAUAUUUCGACAUUGACAGAGAAGUGGUACGGUGAUUCGAAUAAACUCGUCAACGCGGUCUUUUCCCUAGCCAGGAAGCUGCAACCGUCAAUUGUCUUCAUCGAUGAGAUAGACGCGGUACUUGGCACAAGGCGGAGCGGCGAGCAUGAAGCGAGUGGUAUGGUGAAAGCAGAGUUCAUGACACAUUGGGACGGUCUAACGUCGGCAAACUCUUUGGGCGAGCCCCAGCGAGUUGUCGUGUUGGGAGCCACGAAUCGGAUGCAGGAUAUCGACGAGGCCAUUCUUCGUCGCAUGCCUAAGAAAUUCCCUGUCGAACUACCACCGGCCGCGCAGCGUUUAGGGAUUCUGAGCCUAGUACUUAAGGAUACUAAGAUUGACCGCCAGAACUUCGACCUACACUACCUGGUCAAAGCAAUGGCAGGGAUGUCCGGUAGUGAUAUCAAGGAAGCUUGCCGUGACGCUGCAAUGGUUCCAGUCCGGGAAUUCAUCCGACAGAAGACAGCACAGGGUUUGAAAAUUACUUCUGUUGACCCAAGCGAAGUCCGUGGGCUGCGGACUGAGGAUUUCUUUGCUAGCGCCGGCGGAGCUCAGAGGUUCAUCCCAGUUGCUACGCAAAACAUACCACCAGAAACUAGCUCCGAAAAGGAAUGGAGCACAGAAGAUGAAGCGGCCUCUGAGAAUGGCACACAGCAGUCCCGGACGACCCAGGCUGAAGCCUGA